AUGGUAUCAGAGCCAUGGAAGAUCAGUUACGCCGCCGCUGUUUCCGGCACCGGUGAGACCGGCCAGCCGUCUCGCACACCGGCGAUGAAUCAGCCUCCGAUUCAAGCAACGCCGCAAACUUCCAUGCCUCAAGUCGUUCCGCAAAGGAACGCAACUGAAGAUAUAGAGAAUCCACUGCAUCUCAGCACUAACGAAAAUCCAAACAACAUAUUGGGGAGUCCUCCUCUCACAGGGGGUUCCAAUUAUGGCUUGUGGAGCAUUUCAAUGCAGGUUGCGUUGGAAGUGAAAAACAAAUGGUCUCUUGUCGAUGGAAGCAUCGAGAAACCGGCUAGAAGCCAGGGACACUACGCAUCUUGGAGAAGAUGCAAUCUUAUGAUCAAGUCAUGGAUCCUCAAGGCGGUGCAUCCGUCGAUUGCUCAAAGCAUAAUAUAUAUGGAUGACGCAGAGGAAGUCUGGAACGAUUUGAAGAGGAGAUUCUCGCAGCGCGAUCCUCAUCGCAUAUCGACUUUGUAG